UCUACUCCGGAACUGCUUCUGGCAGGAUUGGUGGCUUUAGGCGGUGGAAUCAAAUUACCUGCUUCAUACAGUCAGUGUAAGACGGGCGAUGAGCCGUGCGUCGUGCAAGCCAUAACCAAUACAUUCCAAAAGUUCCAAGGCGGCGUUCCGGCACUGGGUCUCGCAUCCCUGGAUCCAUUGCGCAUCGAUGAGAUGGACAUUGUGCAGGGUACAGGGCCGGUUAACAUAGUGUUAAAUUUUAAAAAUGUUGACAUCACCGGUUUUAAGGACGUUGCAGUGAAAAAAGCAAAAGGUUUCACCGAAACUCCCAACGUGAUGGAGAUGAACCUACGACUACCAGUUGCUUCACUUGUUGGCAGUUACAAGAUUAAAGGAAAAGUCCUUAUUUUACCUAUCCAGGGUGAGGGUAUCAGCAACAUGACAAUGGUGAACUGCGAUUUUCUGAUGAAGUGGAACGGCGCGCUAGAAAAGCGAGCGAAUGGUAAAGAGUACUACCAGAUGAACAAAAUUAAGGCUACGUUUGAUACCACUCGCUUCUACAUGCAUCUGACGAACUUGUUCAACGGUGAUAAGGCACUGGGUGACAAUAUGAACCAGUUCCUGAACGACAAUUGGGAGGACAUCCUGAAGGAGCUAAAGCCCGCCAUCAUCGGAGCUUUCACGAAAAUCUUCCGUGCUAUUAUAACGAAUGUGUUUGAAAACGUUCCUUAUGAAGAGCUAUUCUUACCAAAUGCCUAAUAGCGAUAGCGACUAUUUCUAAAUGUAAGUAACUGUUUUGUGAUGUUGUACAAUAAACUAGUUUUCUUGACUGCUAGUAGGCAAUCAAGAUGAAACGUUA